AGCAUUAAAGGCCAGAUUAAUCAAUACACAUCCCAUCUGAAGGAAGUAUUUAUAUUCUGUAAAAGUAAAUAUUUAUUCAUUAAAUUCAAUAAUGUUUUGAUAAGAUGUCUAUAAGAAAUGGCCUUUCAUCUAAUCUUUCUUGAUUUCAGUUCUUGAUUUACUGCUUGUUUUAUCUAUCUUUGUUUCGAAAUUCAAUGAUAGAUUGAUUACAUUAGUGUGCUGAAAAUGACCCAAGAAACACCAUAUUUUUUAAUAUUGUCAAUAAUCUUUUUAAAUACAGUAUUUGCGACUUCUAACUAUGUGUUAGAUGAAUCAUGUGGAUUGCCAAAUGAUCUUAAAGCUGAAAUUCAAAGCUACCAACCUAUUGUGAACAAAAUUAUAAAAUCUGCUGUAUCAGGACCACACAAAUCAAAAACUUAUAAGGAACUAGCAGAUUUUGUUGAUAAGUUUGGUUACAGGAUUUCUGGAUCUGAAAAUCUUGAGCAUGCUAUUGACUAUAUGCUUAAUAAGUCUAUUUCUUAUAAAUUAGACAAUGUUCAUGGAGAACCUGUUAUGAUUCCUCAUUGGGUUAGGGGACAUGAAGAGGCAACUUUGCUUAGUCCUCGAGAGACAAACUUGAGCAUUCUAGGUUUAGGUGGCAGUAUUGCCACUCCUCCUGAAGGAAUAACUGCUUCAGUUCUUGUUGUAGAAAGCUUUGAUGAACUGAAAAACAAAUCCAAUGAGGCUAAAGGAAAAAUUGUUGUAUUUGUUGAAGAAUGGGUGAACUAUGGUGUAACAGUUAAAUAUCGUGAUUAUGCAGCAGUGGAGGGGGCCAAAGUUGGAGCUGUUGCUACUCUGAUAAGAUCAGUGACACCGUUUUCUAUAAACAGUCCUCAUACUGGCUGGCAAGAUUACUCAGAUGACGUACCAAAAAUUCCGACUGCUGCUUUGACUGUUGAAGAUGCUUAUAUGCUUCUUAGAAUGUACAGAAGAGGUGAUAAAAUUAUUAUCAGAUUAAAAAUGGAAGCUAAAAACAUGCCACCAGUGCAAUCUAGAAAUACAAUUUCUGAAAUAGAAGGAAAACAAAUUAAAGAUAAGGCUGUAAUAGUUUCUGGCCAUUUAGACAGUUGGGAUGUUGGCAACGGUGCAAUGGAUGAUGGCGGUGGUGCAUUUAUUUCAUGGUACAGUUUAGUUCUCCUCAAGAGCUUGAAUAUUCGGCCAAGGAGAACAAUCAGAACAAUUCUUUGGACUGGAGAAGAACCAGGACUCGUUGGUGCAGUUAAAUAUUCAAAAGUUCAUAAUAAAGACGAGUUUGUUCUUUUAAUGGAAUCAGAUGAAGGGACUUUUACCCCUGAAGGCAUUACUUUCUCUGGAACUAAACAAGCUAAUUGCAUUAUGAAAGAAAUCCUAAGUUUACUGUCACCAAUCAAUGCAACUAAGUUAGAAUUAUCCAAUGAUGUUGGAUCUGAUAUAUCAAUAUGGAGUAAUCAAGGUAUACCAAUGGCUUCAUUAUUAAACAAGAAUGAAAGAUAUUUCUGGUAUCAUCAUAGUAAUGGAGACACCAUGACAGUCGAGAAUUCCGAUGAUCUUGAUAAAUGUUUAGCUGUGUGGGCUUCUGUAGCAUAUGUUGUGGCAGAUUUAUCUGUUAAUCUCUCCCGUUUAUAAUAAAAGUUAGCUGAUAAUUUUGGUAAUUUUGAUAAUCAGGAUUUGUUUCUUUAUAUGAAUCUCAAUCCUUAGCCCAAUGGAUCAUUCUGUAGAGAAACACUCUUUAUUAAUUACAAUAUUUUGUGAAUGAUAUUGGUUUAUAUACUUUGUAAUUAUGGUUUAACAUACUUUAUAAUAUUAGACUUCUGUAUAAUUUGCAUUGCAUUCUACUAAAUUAAAAAUCAAAAACAAAAAUACUUAAAUAGAGGUGGUGGACUUAUUAUUUUGUAAUUUUUCAAACUUCAUACUAAUUUUGUCAUUGAACCAUUGAAUCAUCUAUUUAUAACUUUCUCAAUUAUGUUUAAUGCAAAUUUAAAUAAAUCAACAUAAAACUGAGUAAACUUGUAUUUAUUAAUUGAUUAUGUUUUGUUGCUGCUUAAAUAAAGUGAAGAAUUAUAACAAAUCCUAGAUCAGAGAUAUACAUGGAUAUAGGUAAUAAGUAUAUUGUACUGGGUAUUGUAUUUCGUAAUAAGCAUGUUGGAAAUAAAUUAAUAUUUCUGAAAAUAUGUUAUUUUUUAAAGGUAUUUUUGGAAUUUAAUUAUUUUAUUAAAACAUUAAUUUUAUUUUUACUUUCGAUAUCCUUUUUCAUACUUUUAUCAUUUUACAAUUUUCUUUAUUAGAAUUAGUGGAAUGAAUUCAAUUGAUAAUUUUUUUACAAACCCUAUACAAUAUUAAUUAUUGUUACUAAUAAUUUGUAAUUUGAC